AGACCAAGUUCAACUUCGUAGUCUCAGCAGCCUCAAAACCAUUAAAGUCCUCUCACGAAUUUCUCAUUGACCCUUUUCAGUUUCAGCAACCAUGGCUAUGGCUUUCAAGAUGGCGACUACCGGGAUGUGGGUUACUGAUGAAUGCAAGAACUCGUUCAUGGAGAUGAAGUGGAAGAAGGUGGCUAGGUACAUAGUGUACAAGAUUGAUGAAGGAUCGAGGCUUGUGACUGUUGAUAAGGUGGGUGGACCCGGUGAAAGCUAUGAUGAUCUUGCAGCUUCUUUGCCCAAAGAUGAUUGCAGAUAUGCUGUUUUCGAUUUCGAUUUCGUCACUGUGGAUAACUGCAAGAAGAGCAAAAUCUUCUUCAUUGCUUGGUCUCCAAGUGAAUCAAGGAUUAGAGCAAAAAUCCUGUAUGCAACCUCCAAGGAUGGGCUGAGGAGAGUUCUUGAUGGCAUUAGCUAUGAACUUCAGGCUACUGACCCGACUGAGAUGGGUAUGGAUGUGAUCAAGGACAGGGCUAAAUAAUUGUGGUUAGAGGAGCUUAAUUAUGUUCUGGAAUCUCUUACUUUUAUUUAAUAACUCCAUAUCUGCUCUGCAACCACUGGGUUCUUCCUUGUUGGUGGUAUCUUUCUUUUCUCAUCACCUGCUAUAUUUUUGGCACUAAUAUUGUAAGUUAAUCCUCUAAUUUGUAAUAAUGAUUGGGUGCUAAUUAACAAGGCUGUGUCUUUGCAAGUGUAAUGAAGCAAAGUCACAUUAUAUU